AUGGGAAACAUCAAAGAUAAAACACUACCUUUUAUUCCAUCUUAUCUUCGUAAUAGUCCCUUGGAUAUUUUUAAUAGAACUGCUAAAACUCCAAUACUAUUACCAACUAAAUGUAAAAAUGAUCGUAUAAGAUACGUACAAAUAUUAGAUAACGAGUUAGGCAUUAUAUACACUGGAUUCGCCGCUGCUGUUAGAGCAGAUCAUCCUAUUUCUAGUAUUGUUGGUAUUUAUUAUUUUGAAAUUGACAUUUUAGAUGGCGGCGAGCUUAAUUUAACUGGUAUUGGCGUUGCUAGCGGGAGCUUUAUUCUUUACAGACAACAACCAGGAUUGCACCAUAGAUCCAUAGGAUAUCAUGGUAGAAACGGUUUUAUCUAUUUUGGUGGGGAUCGAGGAAAUCAAUAUGGACCUUUGUAUUCAACAGGAGAUACCAUUGGAUGUUGUCUAAAUUAUUAUGAUCAAACCAUUUUUUAUACAAAGAACGGAAUUAAUUUAGGAGUCGCUAGCACAAGAGUUUUUCGGGAAAGAUUGUAUCCAGUAAUUGGUAUUGGAACUCGUGGUGCUCGAAUUGAAGCAAAUUUUGGAGCAAAACCUUUUAAGUUUGAUAUAGACUUUUAUGCAAGAUCAAUUUUAGCGAAAGUUAUGAAGCAAAAAAUAAUCAUCACUAAUGAUUAUUCAUCUGAAACAGAAGAUUCAGAUGAGGAUGUUUGUUGUUUACGAGUUUUGGAUUAA